UGUUUGUGUUGGUAUCGUGAAGUACCAACAGCUGUGAACUUGUUUCUCGUUUAAUAUAUUCCUCGCCCCGCCAGCAAAUAAUGAUGUUUGCUGGCUAUGAUGCGUUGCGGUGAUUGUGGGUAACGAACGAACACUUCUUCAGACGUAAAGUGUAGCUAGGUGUUCGUUAGCGCGUGACGUGUGUGCAGAGCUACUAUUUCGUGAAUUUGCUGCAUUAACAAUGCCUUUAAAGAAACGUAAGGCAAUUGGUCAAGUGCAUCCGGCAGCAAAAAAAAAGAAACAACAACGCAGACGAGAAAGGGACGCAAGACUAGCAAUGCUGCACCAGAGAGCUUCUUCAGCCAGAGCGUCCGGGACCGAGAAACUGUUGCCACCACAGGUGGGGCUGUGGCCAGACACGGACUGCACUCCGUGGACGUCGGACGGUACCCCGAUGCUGCGGCCGCCGACGGAGACCCGGGGCUGCUGGGACGACGGGGCGGAGGUGCGGUGUGACGCGUGGGGGCGGCCGCCGCAGCCCGGCUGGGAGCGCGAGAGCGGCACUGGCCUUUACUCGUUCGUGGACUCCUUCAGCCAGUCGAUGCAGGUCCUGGGCAGCCGUACUGCGGACGACGCGGUGGGUAUCGGUGCGGAUGAAGUGCCCCCGGAUGCGUCUCCUGUCGGAUUGCUGGCGGUGCCGUACCCCGUGGCCGACUCCGUGGGGCUGCAGGAGCUGCAGAACGCAAUGGGGGCCACGGACGAGGAGAUGGCCAUCCUGCAACAGCUGGGGGGCGAGGGGCCCAUCUGGGUACCUGGCAAGGGCGAGGCUUCGGACCUGCUGUCUGCACCCAAGGUAGAGGAGGAGGAGGAGGAGGAAGAGGCGGACAUUGUGGACCUGGACUGCCAGCGGAGCACCCCAGACGUGUCGUCCGUAGGAGUCUCCUGCGGGGGCGGCGAGGGUGCGGCUGAGGCAGCGGUGCGUACCAGCGGGGCUCCGGCGGAAGUCGGCGAAUCGGUUCCGGACGCCUCCGGCCGGCACGCCGUGUCUGCGCCUAGAGCUGCCGCACCUGCUGCGAAGGUUUCUGCUAAAAGGAAGAGGCAGCGCCGGACGCGGCCGGCAAAAGCGGCCGGCAGCGGCGGGGAGAACCUGCUGGCGGCGUACGAGGAGAAGGAGAUGGUGUGCCCGUCCUGCCACCGCUUCUUCCUGGGCAUCUCCGCCCUCCAGCAGCACGUGCGAGUGGCGCACGACGGCCGUGUCGACCCCGUCAAGAGAAGGAAAAAUCACUGUUCCACGGUCAGCGGCCCGUCCGAGUGCGUUGCGGCCUCCGCGCUGGGUACGCCUGCCGACUCGCCGCCCCGGCUGGUCUGCCCGCACUGCCGCGAACUGCUGGUCGGGAGGGACGCGCUGGUGGCUCACGUCGCUGAGGACCACCCGGGCAGCGCGGUGCCGACCGACUUCGCCACGUUGACGGCGCCGCCGAACGGCAGCAGUGAAUCGGUGGGACUGAAGACGCACAUCUCGACAGCUCUCGGAGGGCUGCUGGACCGAGCCCUCAACAACCGGCCGGAGAAGGGACCCGGCUCAGGUGACUCCGCCAGCCACCACCGUCGGAGCCGACAGACACCAGUCGUGCCGCCGAAGCCGACGGCCCCGCGAUCCGAACCCGAGACCGAGGCCGGGUCGUCGUCGUCGGGCCGGCCGCGACGCGUGUACGACACGGAGCUCGCCAGGCGGGUGUGGCAGCAGCUGAGUUCGAGGCAGCCCCCCACCGAGUUGGAGCUGCAGCGCGCGACCGCGAGUGCCGACGGCAAGUUCGUCCUGUACCCCUACGUCUGCUUCUACUGCGAGUGCCGGUUCGAGCAGCAGAGCACCCGCAACAGGCACAUGGGUCGGGCACACAGGAGCGAGAUGAUCUGCUCCAGGUUGAAGCGGGAGAAGCCAGAGGAUGACCCGGACGACGUGGCCGUCGCAGUCGAGUCUGACAACAGUUGGCGUGAACCGAACAACACCAUUUGGAUGCCCGGCGUGCCGGCCGGAGACACGGGAGCUGAUGGCGAUUUCCUCUGCCCAGAGACGAAGCCUCCGGCAGUGGGGUCUCCGGCCUCGGAGUACCCCCUCGGAUCCGGCGGCUGGCCGGAGACGAACGGCACGGGAGCGGUAGGCGCCGGCAGGGGCUCGCCGGGGUCCGCUGCGCCCUCGGCUUCGGCAGCGCACGUCACUGAGUGGCAACCGGCCAGCACGACGACAGCAGGCUCUGCCACGUCGACGGAACAGCUGGGCCGCAGUGACCGGUCGGCGGGGCUGAAAACGCAGAUUUCGACGGCUCUCGGAGGCCUCCUGGACCGAGCCCUCAACAACCGGCUGGAGAGGGGACUCAGCCCGGGCCUCAACCGACAGACGCCGAGCCAGCUGCAGGAGCAGACGACGCACCGCCCCGCGCCCACCUCCGCGUCGGGAGGGUCGUCGACGGGCCGGUGGCGACGUGUGUACAACACGGAGCUGGCGAAAAAAGUGCGACAGCAGCUGAUGCCGAUAUCUUCCCGCAAGUUUCCGGUCCGACGGCGUGCAGCUGUGGGCGCUGCCGGCAACUCGGACUCUCACCGCUACGCCUGCUUAUACUGCGAGAGCCGGUUCGACCAGCAGCUCAAUCACCAGGCGCACAUGAUACAGGCGCACAAGGACGAGAUGAUCUCCACCAAGCCGAAGCGCGUGAAGCCCGAGAACGACCCGGGCGACGCGUCCGCCGGUGAAGACUCCGACCACAGUUGGCGUGAACCGAGCCCCACCUGUUUGAUGUCAGACGCACCCUGCGGAGACACGGGAGGUGGCGGCAGUUUCAUCUGCUCAGAGUCGACGUCUUCGGCCCCCAAGUGCCGUGGCGAAUCGGACGGCCGGUCGGAGACAGACGGUGCAGGAGUGGCGGGUGGCGGCAGUGGCCUGUCAGAGUCCGCCGAGACUGCGUCACCGGACGCGACUGCCGACUCGUCGCGCGUGCUGACCUGCCCGCACUGCCUCAGACUGCUGGCGGGGAAGGACGCUCUGGCGGCACACGUCACCGAGGAGCACCAGGCCAGCAUGACGACAGGCUCCACCACGUCGACGGGACAGUCGGGUUGUAGCGACCGGUCGUUGGGGCUGAAGACGCAGAUUUCGACGGCUUUUGGUGGGCUGCUGGACCGAGCCCUCAACAACCGGCUGGAGAAGGGAGUCGGUCCGAGUGACCACCUCCACAGCGUCGACGGGCCGUUGCCGAGCCAGCUGCGAGAGCAGACGACUUAUUGCCCCGCGUCCUCCUCUGCGUCGGAAACGUCAGCGACGGGCCGGUGGCAUCGUGUGUACGACACGGGGCUGGCGAAAAAGGUGCGGCAGCAGCUGACGUCCCAACCUCCCCAGCGCGCGGUAGAUGGCUCUGCCAAAAACUCUGACUCGCAUCGCUUCGCCUGCUCGUACUGCGAGAGCCGGUUUCAGCAACUGAGCACUUACAACAGACACCUGCUGCACGCGCACAGGAGCGAGGUGACCUGCUCCUGGUUGAAGCAGGAGCAGCCCGAAGACGACCCGGGUGACGUGUCUGCCGGCGAAGACUCUAAUCGCAAGUCCACACUUUCGGCCCCCGAGUGCCUUGACGAAUCGGACGGCCGGCCGGAGACAGGCGGCGAAGGAGUGGCAGGUGGCGGCAAUGGCUCGUCAGAGUCCACCGCGACUGCCGAGGCCUCGGCUCCGAACGAGACUGCCGACUCGUCACACGUGCUGUCCUGUCCGCACUGCCGCAUACUGCUGGCGGGGAAGGACGCACUGGCGACACACGUCACCGAGGAGCACCCGGCCAGUGUGGCGACAGACGACUCCGCCGAGUCGACGGCGACGCCGGGCUGCGGUGACGAUUCGAUAGGGCUGAAGACGCACAUUUCGUCAGCUCUGGGAGGUCUGCUGGACCGGGCGCUCGACAACUGGCCGGAGAGGGGACUCGGCCGAGGUGGCUCCGCCCACCUCUCCAGCCCCGACCGGCCGACGCCGAGCCACCGGGGACCCGCCGGACAGACCCAGCCGCGCAAGGCCGACUCGCAGCGCUACGCCUGCUUCUACUGCGAGUGCCGGUUCGAAAACCUGAGCGCUCACAAGUGGCACACGAUUCACACGCACACGAACGAAAUGAUCUCUUCCGAGUCGAAGGGAGUGAAGCCCGAGGAUGACCCGGCUGACGCGUCUGCCGGUGAAGACUCCAACUACAGUUGGCGUGACCUGAGUCCCACCAUUUGGGCAUCGGACACACCUGCUGGAGGCACGGGAGGUGAUGGCGAUUUCAUCUGCUCAGAUUGCGGCAUGAGCUUCAGAACUCUGCCGGAAGUAGAUGCACACCGCGAAGCGGAGCACGGUCGGCCCGAGUCCCCACUGCGGGAUUCGUCGGCCGCGCGGGAUACGGUCCGCGACGGCUGCACGGAGGGAGACGCCGAAUCCGGUUGGGCCGCUCCUGCCUCUCCGCCCGAGGGAGAGCUCGUAGAGCGGCAGGUGACGGAGGCGCACAGGCAGGACACGCGGGCCGCGUUCGACCUGACAGUGGUGGAAGCUGACCCACUCGUGCCUCCACAGCAAGAGAUUGAGACCAUAUUCGUCAAGGAAGAGACUUCGUUUCUGCACGAAUGGGAGUCACCUGACGGCCUCAGUAUUGCACGGGAUCCCCUGAGCUUCGAGGAAGAGGUUGAAGGACCUACCGAUGAUCUGAUUCCUAUUUGUGAUCUGCAGACCAUUAAGACAGAGGUUGUUGAAGAUCCAUUAGCAGUCUCGGGGCUCAUCGACUGUAUUAAUGAGGAUCAAGACUUAGGUUUAGGAACGGAUACAACUGACGAAGAGGCAGCCACCAGAGGGCAUACUUCAGCUAUUACACGUACCACCGUCCCGUCUUCGACCGGCCCGUCGGUCUCCGAGGUCGGCGGCGGCGGACGUGACGCCCCCGACUCGACCCACCUCGGCUCGGCACCGGACGCGGUACCGGUGAUGGGCGACACUACUGCUCCGGCCUCGACGUCCGGUGGCAAUUCUGACAGUGGUAAAGGCGCCACCGAUACUUGUAGAGGGGGAACCGUCACGGGCAGUGUCGAAAAUGGUUCGGGAGAGGAGCGGCACUCUGGCGGUGCCGGCUCACCCGGUACUGCCCACGUGAAGCCACCAUUUUCCUAUGCGGAGCUCAUCGCGACGGCCAUAACCCAUUCGCCGCACAGGAGGGCGACGCUGUCGGAGAUCAACGCCUACAUCGUGAGUCGCUUUCCCUACUACGAGCACAAGAAAGGCUGGCAGAACUCGAUUCGCUACAACCUCUCGCUGCACAGGUGCUUCGUCAAAGUGCCGCCGGAGGGCGGCAACAGCAGAGGCAACUACCGGAGUGGCUGUCGCAAAGGCAACUACUGGAUGCUCGACCCGAAAUAUGAGGCCAUGUUCGAGAACGGCAACUUCCGACGUAACGGGCGCGUGAAGUGGUCGCCUUGGAGGUGUCCCGGGGCGGCGACCUCCUCCGCACUGCCCUCGGGCACCGGUGCCGUCUACCGCCGACACUACGCGCCCCGGAACGACCGCCAGCAACCGGUGGCCCCCCAGUUGCAGGGCGCCUCCGUCGCGUUACUCUUGGGGCCCGCGCAGCUCCGGGCAGCAGCUCCUGCCGAGAGUGGAGGCGGAGACUUCGGCACCGGAGACGUAGCCGUAUCACCUCACGCGACCCUGCCAAACGCGGCGUACGAGCAGAGGUCUAUUCAACCUUCUGAUGGGAAUGACAGUGCUUCAUUUGAAGAAAGUAAUCACCAAGAUGUGGCACCUGAUGAUGUGGUUGUGGAGCAAGAGAAGCCAACACCCUUCACCAGUUGUAAUGUUCCGACACAAGGAAUUGUCUCACCUGAGGACAAUUCCAUCUGCAGUGCAGACAACACGAGCACUGCAGACAAUAACGUUUCCGUCUUCACCUGCAGUUCGUGCCUACAGAGUUUUUCGUCAAAAUACAGCCUCGUAAUGCACGUGUUCCUCCACGUCGACGGUGUGGAGCCGCCGUCACACGUGUGUAGACACUGUGGAGAAGUGUUUCUCACUCGUCGCGGCCUGAAUAAGCAUUUGAGGACGAAAGACGGUGACGAGACUGUGAGUGCACACACGUUUUCUGACACUAGAAAAAAGCUCGUCUAAUCAUCUAGGAGAGGGAUGUGUUUGUACAGGGGGUGAGUUACACUGAAGCAUUUACUAAGUCAAGAAAAACAACUACCGCCCAAAGUAAGUCCCGGGAAUUUCUCCUCCUGCUCUCAGUAAAUAAAAUAUUUUUGUUUUAUUCCAUAAAUUACGUAAAUAACUGUAUAUUAAUUCACGGCAAACCUCUUCAGCUUUGAAUAUUGCCUGGUCAAAUAAUGUGUUUGUUUGUAUUAUAUAAAUUUUGUAAUUAGUUUAAGUUUGCUCAGUAAUGUUGGAUGAGUUGAUUUGUAGAUAUGGAGAUACUUUAUUUAAAUUCAUAUGUAUUCAGUGCCGCAUGUGUGGCAGAUACAGUGAAACAAGUUGAAUGAUACUUAAAUAUAUACUGAAGAAAUUGUGUUAAGUUUAUGUUCUUAAGUAAGUUACAUUCAUUGUAAUCUUUAAAGAUGUUGAAUAUUUUGAAGAUAUUUUUGAAACUAUUACCUUCUUGUUAAUACUCAUGUCAAGCUGUAAAUGUUACCUGUGAAAUAUAGUAUGUAUUUAUGUGUCAGCAGUUUCAUUUCUCAAAAUGUGACUGACUUAAGUGAUAAUUUUCUAAUGAGUCAAUUUCUUUUACAUAUUUAUGAAUGCUGUGUGCAUUACAUGAGGGAAAUAAGGAUUCUACCACAUGAAGUCACACUUAUAAAAGCAGUAAAGUUCAGAAUCUCGUGGCCCAGCUUUCCUCGGCCUCAUUUGAAAUACGUACACAUAUAUUGGGGGAGCAUUUUCACAAAGUGUGACACAAACUCUCUGCGAGUAAUAUGAAAUUAAGGUGGUCAAACAUUUAAAUUUUUGUUCUCGUGAAUUGGAGUAUGUCAUGUGUAUCUUAAGUACCUACGCUGUAGUUGAGCAGGUAUGUGUCUCAGAUUGUUCCUGACAUCUAUAUUACCAUAUACAAAACAGUCAAUGAUUUUGGUAAUGUACAGUUAAUGUAAUGAAGAAUAGGAAAAUGAUCUGACAUAUCAUAAGUUAGUGAAAUUUAUUUGCACUUUCAAAACACUCCUCGA